UAAUGUUUUAUAAAUUGUAAAACUUAUCUGACUGGUGAAUUAUAAGUAGUAGGGAUACAAGACCUAACAUGCAUUUAAUGUCCUGCAAAGACCAUAAAGCAGUUAUUUAUUGGAUGUAGUGUUGGAUAGUCCAGGAGAUUCAAAACCUCGGAAAGGAUCCAGUUCUGAUCAAGCUCCAAUUAAUCAUCAACUAGACUCCAAUCAAUAUCUAGAUAAUCCAGCAACAUGGCUGAAAUUGGUGCUGCUGAAGUCUCUGGUGGUGAUCUAACCAUCUACUACCUGAUACCAGUCUUCAUUUUUGGAACACUAUUGGCCCUCUACGUGUUAGUUAGACUAUUCAAUUUCGUUACCUUAGGCAUCUGCACCAGCACCAAAAGGCUCGAUGGCAAGACAGUAAUUCUAACCGGAUGCACAUCAGGAAUUGGGAAAGAAACAGCACGAGAUUUGGCCAAAAGAGGAGCCCGACUUAUAAUGGCAUGCCGCAAUGUCGAAGCUGCUACAAAGUUGAAAGACGAGUUCGUGGAAGAGUCCGGAAACAAUGAUAUUGUCGUGAGAAAGUUAGACCUGGCAUCUUUUAAAUCUAUCAGAGAGUUUGCUGAGCAAAUUAUUAAAGAAGAACAGAGGUUGGAUGUUUUGAUUCAUAAUGCGGGUAUUGCUCAUGUCUGGACGAGAAAACUGACUGAAGAUGGGCUUGAAUUGUCCAUGGGAACCAACAUGUAUGGUCCUUUUCUCCUAACUAAUCUACUUAUUGAUCUGUUGAAGAAAUCAGCUCCAUCAAGAAUAGUUCUAGUGGGUUCAGAAUCCUAUCUCCUAGGAUGGUUAGACUUGGACAACCCGAACCCAACGAAUCUCUACAUUCCAGGCUGGUCUUAUUUCAUCUCCAAGUAUGCAUUGAUAGUAUUCAUGUUGGAACUAGCACGCAGACUGGAAGGAACCAAAGUUACAGUCAACUCUCUUCAUCCUGGUGCCAUUUUUACAGAAAUUUGGUAUCGAUCUGGACGUCUGACUGCCAUGUUUUUCUACAUCUUCAUCAAACCGCUGUGCAAAAGUGUCGUUGAAGGAAUCCAAACUACUAUUUAUCUUGCAGUGUCGGAGGAAGUUGAAGGAGUUUCCGGGAAACAUUUCUUAGACUGUAGGAAACGAAAAUUGUACCGAGGAGUUACCGAUCGAUUGAAGGGGAUAAAAUACUGGCAAAUCUGUAAAAACUUAACGAAAAUGCAACCAUCCGAUCCUCAAAUUUGACGUAAAGAAGAAGCUUUACGAUUAUUAUGUUUAAUUAUUAUUGAUAAUAAAUUAUUACUUAUUAUUAUUAAGUGAUGGACAGGGAUACUGGCCAUUAUACUACCGAAGAAUUAAAUUAAAUAUCACUUUUAAUUUAUUGUGUAAAAAAAAAUAUUGUAAGAUAUUUAAAUUUGUAUGCUCGACAGUCAACUGAUUAGCUUUUCAUCAAGUUAUAUUUAAUUUGAAACAAAAACUAGAGUUGACAAGGUAUAUUAUUUAUUCACUAUCUUCUAACAUCUUUGUUUAUAAACAAUGUGCCAAGCAUAAAAUGCCCCCAACAAGUGGGGAUCAAAAAAUUAUAUUUUGGCAAGGCUUUGAGUCCUGAUGAGAUUCACUAUUUCUUGUUUGCUCUGAAUAAAUUUUUACAACAGUCCUACAGAA